AUGGCGUCUCCGCCUCCCGCGGGGGGCCCGAUGGCGCUGGCCAUGCGGCUCCGCAACCAGCUCCAGGCCGUCUACAAGAUGGACCCGCUCCGCAACGAGGAGGAGGUGAAAGUGAAGAUGAAGGAGCUGAACGAGCACAUCGUCUGCUUCCUCUGCGCCGGAUACUUCAUCGAUGCCACCACCAUCACGGAAUGCCUGCACACUUUUUGCAAGAGCUGUAUCGUGAAGUACCUGCAGACCAGCAAGUACUGCCCCUUGUGCAGCACCAAGAUCCACGAGACGCAGCCCCUCCUCAACCUCAAGCUGGACCGCGUGAUGCAAGACAUCGUCUACAAGUUGGUGCCUGGGCUGCAGGAGAGUGAGGAGAGGCGGAUCCGGGAGUUCUGCCAGUCCCGAGGCCUGGAGCGGGUCACCCAGCCCAGCAACGAAGACCCCAUCUCCCACCGCUUGGGGCUGCCAUGUACUGACUUUGACCACUCCCGUGCUCACUACUACCGCUUCGAUGAACAUGUCUCGCUGUGCCUGGAGAAGCAGGGCUCUGGGAAAGAGAAGAACCGGCACGUCCUUCAGCACAAGUACGUCCGCUGUUCGGUCCGGGCCCAGAUCCGCCACCUCCGCCGGGUCCUGUGUGGCCGCUUGGAGCUGGCCCUGCCCCACGUGCUGGUGCUCUUCGGCAAUGAGGUGCUCCCGGACCACCUGACACUGAAGCAGCUCUGGCUCUCCCGCUGGUAUGGCAAGCCCGCCCCACUGCUGCUGCACUACAGCGUGAAGGAGAAGAGGAGGUAG